GCUAAGGCCACAAGACAACUGUAACUUAUACAUAAGUAAGAGAGUAUUGAUACUGUUGUGAAUGAUGACCCCGCGGUUGACGCCAGGUCAGAGGUCAACGAGUGUUGUGGUGCUGGCGGCACUACUUGUAGGCAGUGCCCUGGCCACCUCCCUGUGUGACCUUCAUCAGUGCCAGUGCCUCAGCACCUCCAGGGGCAUCGAUGUGUUUUGCAAGUGCCAACCUAGAGAGAGGGUGACCAUCAGGUCUUCGGAGCUGCCCUACAACGUGUUCAACCUGACUGUUGAGGGCUGCAGUUCACUUGGUAUCUCCGGCUCCCUAGCCCCGCUACCUCUUCGAUCCCUCACAAUCAGGGGAGUAAAGUUUCUGAGACUCCCCAUUCAAGCCUUCCUGUACGGCCUGCCUCACCUUGCUACUGUUGCCAUACACGACACCAACAUUCCUGUUAUUCCUGCUUUCAGUUUUGGCGCCCUGGAAAGUAUUGUCAGUAUGGUCUUCGAGAAGGUUGAAAUAGGUAAAAUAUCCAGCGAUGCAUUCUCAAAUCUCGCGUAUAUUAGGGAUUUAAAGUUCGUGAAUUCAAAAAUUGGUGACAUCGAAAGGAACGCUUUUGGAAGGGGAAAUGGUAAUAUUGGUUAUUUUAUUCUGGAGAACUCCUUCAUAGAUACCAUCCGGGAGCGUGGCGUAUGGUUCCAGCAGGCAGACGUCGCUCAAAUAGACGGAUGCAGAAUAAAUAAGAUUGUAAACAGCGCCAUCAAAUUAAACAAUGUGUUGUUCUACCUAACCAGAAGCAGUGUGAAUAAUUUCUAUCCUGGAGGUAUAAGUGGCAACUACUCCAGUGGUGUUAUCAUCGAUAACAACUACAUCAGCCAAGUGGUAGAUCACAGCCAAGACCCCGGGACAUUGCUGGACCUCCGUUACUCCAGACUUGGCGGGAGCACCAUUACACCCUUCUUUCAUUUUACUAAUAAUGUACUUACACGAACUAUACCCAGACACGCUUUUUUCCUAACUAACCCGACGAUUAAUGUUGCUGUACCCAACAACACUAUCGGUGAAUGUUCGUGUAUGGAUUACAGAAACUUCCUUCGUUCACUGCAAUCAAUCUUAGAUAACUACACCCUAAAUGUCCAUCAAGCAUUGAUAGAGAAUGGGAUUUGUCUUUCAGAUAGAGACAUUUAUAGAAUUGGUUGCAAUAAUCUGACUCCUCUGCUAUCUGUAGAGGUUUUAUCCACAAGUGUUCCAGUUCCCGUUAGAGAACAAAACCUUGGGGUUAUAACAAAGACAGUUGCAGAGACGGGCAGAAUCACAAUAACUACGGCGAAAACUCCUCAAAGUAAAUUCCCACUAACAUCAUUAUCACAGUUAUCCAAAUCAUUAAUAUCCCCAACAAUCACAGCCCAAACGCAAUUUGUUCCUACCGAUCGGGCACUCCAACACCCCUCUACCGGGCAAGUUUGGGACCAGACAUUGGGACCUGACGCAUCGGUCUUCCCUCCUACCCUUCAAGCUCCAGGCACCGAAAAACCAUUGGCUACAAUCCGUUCCGCCCAAACACUGACGAAUGACAUAAACAGCCUCGACGCUCAGAGCAUCUGGAAUGAGAUCUAUGGUGGAGUGUUUUUCCUUAGACUUCGCAAGCCCUUCCAGGCGGCGUUCCCUGGUGCUCGACUUAGCAUGAAGUUCAGCAAGGAGAUCAAGCCGCUUGAAUUUCACGGAGGAAAGCUGACGUUUGUCUCGCCACGGUAAUAUUGUAAUGCUGUUUAAUAUAAUGUGUAAUUUAGGUUUGUACAAUCUUCAGUUAUUUGUGCAUACAUAGUUUCGAACCCGGGAUUCCAAACUGUGAGUCGAGAACGAACUUAACUGUACUAUCAUGACCACCCACCUCAAUCUGUAUUGAUAAUGAUGAUAGUUAAUGCUACUCUAACAACUGUUUUUUAUUGUUCAGAGAUGGCGUCUCAUAACCCCUAUUAUUAUGUUCCCCCAUAUCCAAAGGGGGGGGGGGUAUGUAUACCCACAUUUAAAAA